CAUUUCAUAUUUCUUAACCCUAUUUCUUCUCAAAUUCCCCCUCCUCCUCCUUCAAAUUAUUCUCUGACAAAACUUCUCUCCAUUUUCAUUUUCUCUCUCUACAAGUAAAAGAUGGCCGAAGGUGAGGACAUUCAGCCACUUGUUUGCGACAAUGGUACUGGAAUGGUUAAGGCUGGAUUUGCUGGAGAUGAUGCUCCUAGAGCUGUCUUCCCAAGUAUUGUUGGUCGUCCACGUCACACUGGUGUCAUGGUUGGCAUGGGUCAGAAGGAUGCAUAUGUUGGAGAUGAAGCUCAAUCCAAGCGUGGUAUUCUCACUUUGAAGUACCCUAUUGAGCAUGGUAUUGUGAGUAACUGGGAUGAUAUGGAGAAAAUUUGGCAUCACACCUUCUACAACGAACUUCGUGUGGCUCCAGAAGAGCAUCCAGUUCUUCUGACUGAAGCCCCUCUCAAUCCUAAGGCUAACCGUGAAAAGAUGACUCAGAUUAUGUUUGAAACUUUUAACACCCCUGCCAUGUACGUUGCAAUUCAGGCUGUCCUUUCUCUAUAUGCCAGUGGUCGUACCACAGGUAUUGUGUUGGACUCCGGUGAUGGUGUCAGUCACACCGUCCCCAUCUAUGAAGGAUAUGCCCUCCCACAUGCUAUCCUUCGUCUCGAUCUUGCUGGUCGUGACCUGACUGACUACCUCAUGAAAAUCCUCACUGAGCGUGGUUAUUCUUUCACCACCUCAGCUGAGCGUGAAAUUGUAAGAGACAUGAAGGAAAAGCUUGCCUACAUCGCCCUUGAUUAUGAGCAGGAAAUGGAGACAGCCAAAACUAGCUCUUCAGUUGAGAAAAGCUAUGAACUCCCUGACGGACAAGUCAUCACUAUUGGAGCUGAGCGUUUCCGUUGCCCUGAGGUUCUCUUCCAGCCAUCAUUCAUUGGCAUGGAAGCUGCUGGUAUACACGAGACUACAUAUAACUCUAUCAUGAAGUGUGAUGUGGAUAUCAGGAAGGACCUCUACGGAAACAUUGUCCUCAGUGGUGGUACGACUAUGUUCCCUGGUAUUGCUGAUAGAAUGAGCAAAGAAAUCACGGCUCUAGCCCCAAGCAGCAUGAAGAUCAAGGUGGUGGCACCACCUGAGAGAAAAUACAGUGUCUGGAUUGGAGGUUCCAUCUUAGCUUCUCUCAGUACAUUCCAGCAGAUGUGGAUUGCAAAGGCUGAAUAUGAUGAGUCUGGUCCAUCAAUCGUCCACAGAAAAUGCUUUUAAGUUAUACGAAGAAAUGGAUUCAAAUGUUUCAGAUCGUAGUUUCUAUCGUGUUCCAGUGGAAGACCCUUUCAUAAAGCAAGAGUACAGAAAAAAGAAUGCUGUUUAUGCAAUUUUUUUGUUUAAUUUUCAUGUUGAUUUUUACCUUGUAAUGAUGAUCAUGAGAAAGAUGAGGACUGGUUUAAAUUUGUUGAAUUUCUUUAGUAACUAAUUCAUUUUUGAAGUUUAUUUCAAA